GCUGGCGUCUCCAAACGUCCCGUGUUGAGUCCUGAGUCCUGUUUGUCUCCCUGCAGCCAUGAUGUCCAAGGCGGCCCUCCUGAAGGUGAUCCUAGUGGGCGACGGCGGCGUCGGCAAGUCUUCGCUCAUGAACCGCUACGUCACCAACAAGUUCGACUCGCACCUCUUCCACACCAUCGGCGUGGAGUUCCUCAACAAGGAGUUGGAGGUGGACGGCCACCACGUCACCCUGCAGAUCUGGGACACGGCGGGUCAGGAGCGAUUCCGCAGCCUCCGCACGCCGUUCUACCGCGGCUCCGACUGCUGCCUGCUGACCUUCAGCGUGGAGGACGGCCAGAGCUUCAGGAACCUGUCCAACUGGAAGAAGGAGUUCACUUACUACGCCGACGUCAAGGACCCCGAUAACUUCCCCUUCGUGGUGCUCGGCAACAAACUGGACGUCCCCGAGCGGCAGGUGUCGGGGGAGGACGCUCGCCAGUGGUGCCGCGACAACGGCAACCACCCGUACUUUGAAACGAGCGCCAAGGAUGCUAUAAAUGUAGCGGCGGCCUUCGAGGAGGCGGUGCGCCGCAUUCUGGCGUUGGACGACAGAGCAGAUCACCUGAUCCACACCAACACGGUGGACCUGCAGAAGAAGAAGAGUCCCCAAGAGCCCACCUGCUGCUGAGCAUCGAGACCCUGCAGGAAGAGGACCCGGUGUGAUGGACUCAGAUAAACUCUUAAUGACCAUAAUCUGUUUUUGUAAGCAAAUAUUUUUCAGAUCUAAGCUGAAUAUUUUGUGCCAAUAUUCAGCAUUUGCAAAGUCACAUAGUUAGUCAUUUUAUCAAUAUGACACAGUUAUAGGUAUGGAAGAGGAUGAGGGCCACACAAGAAAAAAAUAUUUGAGUUCCGAAAGUGAAAAUUCUGAGAAAAACGUCAGAAUUCUGACUUUAAAGUGAAAAUUCUGAGAAAAAAGUCAGAAUUCUGA